ACCCAAAAUCCCAGCGCGCGCGCGCGCGCGCACACACACACACAUCCUCUGGGUUCGGUUCUCCGAUCAUCCUCUAUAUAUUGAUGAAGCUUCAGUUUGCUUCCACACAGCAGCUUCUCACUUUCCUCUCUGAGUCUUGUUUUUUCCAAGCUUGAUAAAUCAUCACCGAUUCUGUAAAUUGGGAUUUAGGGUUCGUAGCUUCCUCCUCAAAGCUUCACCCUCCUACUCCUUCAGAGUUAUGGAUUUUCAAAUGGAAAUGCAGAGGGUGUCCUUUUGUGCUGCUCAAAUUGGCAAUCUUGGGCUUGUGCUCCUAUGGCAUAUUCUACAUCUUUUUGUUAGCAUAUGGUACUUUCUAUUAGAUUUAGCUUUUGUGUUCGAAAGCUAUCUUAUUUCUGGUGGAGUACUCAAGAACUACAAAACCCUUGAUUUGGGAAAGCUAAAGUACCUGGCUAUUGUGAUAGAAAGUGAAGAAGCUUACCAAACUUCAAAAGUUAUUGAGCUUCUGCAGUGGCUAGAAGCUAUUGGCGUGAAGCGUGUGUGCCUUUAUGAUACGGAAGGAGUUUUGAAGAAAUCAAAAGGAGCCAUCUUGAAUAAACUGAAGAAUGCAACAGAAUUUGAGGUGAUGCUUGAUGGUGAUGAAGGGUUACUUGACCAAAAGCGCAUGGCUCUGGAAUUUUCGUCGUUCUCUGAUGGAAAAGAAGCUGUGACCAAAGCAGCUAACUUACUUUUUGCAAAGUAUUUGAAAUUGGCCAACUUAGUUGGAGAUCACGAAGAGAAAAUCUUUACAGAACCUAACAUGGACGAGGCACUAAAAGCUAUUGGUUGCAGGGGGCCAGACCCUGACCUGCUAUUAGUUUAUGGACCUGCAAGAUGCCACCUUGGUUUCCCUGCAUGGAGAAUCCGAUAUACUGAGAUCAUACACAUGGGAGAAUUGAAGUGGAUGAAAUAUGGCUCCCUUAUUAAAGCCAUCUAUAGGUUCACUACCGUGCGCCAAAACUAUGGUAAAUGACACUGCAUUUGGAAGCUCAUAGCUCGGAUAACCGAUCCAAACACGUAUGCGUCAUACAAGAAUUCCACAAGUCCCAGCCUGUUUGCGGUCAUAGUUAUUUACGUUGAAUGUAUGUUUUAACGAUUGAUAUGUAAACAGUACUCUCGUUUAUGUAUAAGAUAUGCAGUGCGUUAUGAUCAGUAAAUUAUUUAGUGAUGCCAAGUUCCUACA